GCGGACACGACCAAGGAGCGCGGCAUUCGAGUGCAGCUUAGACGUCGCGUGGGUGUGGCUAGCAGACGCGUAUCCAUCGGGAAGAGGGCGCAUUAGAUUCUCCAGCUCCUCCUCUCUCGAUCGCACCCCGAAGAUUCUCCAUUGACCGUGUUUGGAGUUCUCUACAAGCUCCAAACAAAAGUCUAUUGGCCUCCCUGGGCUGACCUCUUCAGCCAGUGAUUGACUAUGGGAGGCGAGUGCGUGCCGGAUCAUUGCCGCGAGUGCGGAAGUGCGGACGUCGUGACGGACUUCAGCGCGGGCGACGUCGUGUGCCGCAGCUGCGGCAUGAUCCUCGGUGAGCGCAUUAUAGAUGAUUCCCCCGAAUGGCGAACGUUUGCUAAUGAUGACCGGGGUGGUGACCCCGCUGCGAAAUCCAGAGUUGGCGACGUCGCGGACGCGCGGCUGAACAGCCUCUCACUGUCAACGUACCUGGUCGACACGAAGAAGAGCGGCGGGGGCGCUGACGGCGAGCCCGGGCACAAACACAAGCGGCCGAACAUUUCGUCCGAUAGCGCCAAGGUCAGGCGCAUGCAGCGCAACAUGGCGCGCAUCCAAGAGGUGGCAGACUAUUUGUCGCUGCCCAAGAACAUUGUGGAGAUUGCGCUGGACGUGUACGCGGAAGCGGAGAAGCAGGGUGUGAACAUGCGAGGGCCGGAACGGGAGAGCAUGGCGGUCGCAGUGCUGUUUAUCGCGUGCAGAAAGGCAGGCAAUGCACGGUCGUUGAAGGAGUUUGAAGAAGCGUCUGGAGUGCCGAAGCGACGAAUCGGCAAGUCCUUCAUGAGCCUGCAGCGGCGACUGGAUCUUGAGGUGAAGCAGGCGUCGACCGAAGAGUACGUGCAGCGCUUCUGCUCGAGGCUGGGUCUGCCGAACAAGACACAGAUGAUUGCGCACGCGGUGGCGAAGAAAGCAGAUAGCCUGGAGCUCUCGAACGGGCAACCCCCGGUUGCAGUGGCGGCGUCGGUGAUCUACUUGGUGGCAGCGUACACGAACUCGAAGCGGUCUAUCCAGGAAAUCAGCGACGUUACGAUGAUCGGCGAGAAGAGCGUGAAGAAGGUGUGCAAGGAGCUGAACAAGAGCCGCGUGGUUCUCUUCGAGGGAGUGGUGAUGACUUAG